AUGCCCGCGGACGAAGAAUCUCCUCUCCUCCACGACGCGACCGGGGAAAGGUCGAGUGUCCAGGAGCGACAGAAAAAACAAAGUAAACACGCCAAUCAACUGGUCGUUUAUGGCUCUUUCAUCGGUAUCUUUGUUGCGGCAGCGGAUGAUUCUCUGGUUCUUUCAACAUGGAGCACCAUAGCCUCUCAGUUCCAACGUCUGUCCGAGGGUUCUUGGUUGGUUGUUGCGUAUAAUUUUGGAUUCUGCGUCUCGCUCCCCAUGUAUGGCACCCUGAGUAGCAUGUACGGUCGGAAAAACGUGCUUCUCGGUGCUUAUGCCCUAUUUGCCGUGGGAUGUCUGGCAUGCGGUCUCAGUGGCUCAUUGGAACAAUUGGUUCUCGCCAGAGUGCUAGCGGGGAUCAGUGGCGGGGGAAUGAUCUCGCUGGUUUCCAUCAUCAUCACAGACUUGAUUCCCGCCGGCGAUGUAGCUCUUUUCCGAAGUUAUGCAAACGUUGUCAGUGUCCUUGGAAGAAGUCUCGGUGCUCCGCUGGGAGGACUUCUGAUUCAGACCAUCGGAUGGCGAUGGUCUUUCCUUGGCCAGCUCCCUCUCGUCAUUCUCUGCGGUUUGGUGUCAUUCCAUGGCCUUCCGUCCUCGUUGAAUGAUCGCGAAGUCGAAGAAGACCAUGAGAAUGCUCCUCCCACCAAGCUGUCGGAGGUUGACUUUGUUGGUCUUUCCUUUCUUGCUCUAGCCACUAUCAUCCUACUCUUUAUACUUCAAGAUGCAAGCGUCACGACAGAAGGCCAUACUCACUUGGUAACAUUGCUGGUGCCAUCUCUGGUGCUGGCUGUGGGGAUAUUCAUCUUGGUCGAAGCGUUCUGGGCUCGAAGGCCUCUCAUUCCGCUGAACUUUAUGCUAGGAUCGUUGGGCGGUUAUUCCGCGGGACAAGUUUUGAUGAACGCUGCUCGAAUGGCGCUUAUCAGCAACCUUGUCCCCUAUUUUAUUCGGGUCGAUCACGCUAGCAAUGUCUUUGCUUCGUCCACGUAUGUCAUCAGCUCUGUGGGAAUAUCCAUCGGAGGUGUCGUAGCCGGUGCCAUUAUCAAGAGAACGAAGCGUUAUAAGAGCAUGACGGUCACUGCCGGCAUCAUCGCCAUCGUGGUGUAUCUCCUCAUCUUUGUGCGCUGGCGUGAUGGCUGCUCCAUCCCCGAGAUAUUUUACUUAUUUCCCAACGGCUUUGUUGCAGGUGUACUGUUCUCCACCCAAUUCAUUGGAAUGUCGUUCGGCGCGCCGAAAGGGUGUCUGGAGACCUGCAUCACGACCUAUUAUCUGUUCCAGCAGCUGGGGUUGAUCAUCGGCCCUGCGUCGGGGGUGGCGAUCGUUCAACGAGUUUUCGGGAGUCGUCUCUCGCAGAACCUGGAAGAUUUCCCGGAGAAGGAGUUCAUCGGCCGGAUCCUGGACGACGCAAGAUUCGCCGAGACGUUGUCGGACUCUGUGCAGCAAGUUGUUCGCUUGAGCUACCUUUACGCUUUUAAAUUUGUGCCACUCGUUUCUGCAGUGUGUUCGAUGGUCAUGUUGCCCAUCAUUAUGUGGCAGAGAGAAGAAAAGAUCGAGUAA